AUGACUGGACGAGGAGGCGGUGGUGGCCGCAAGGUCCUCUUACCUCCCAUCAACUUCAUCUUCAAGCUGUUGCAGUCGCAUGCCACCGUCAAGAUCUGGCUCUAUGAACAAUUGGCCAUAAGGAUUGAGGGCAAGAUCAGAGGUUUCGAUGAGUUCAUGAACCUCGUAAUCGACGAUGCUGUGGAAGUCAAACAGAUUACCAAGACAAACCCCGAGGAGAAGAGGAGGUCGCUCGGACAAAUUCUGCUCAAGGGCGACAAUGUUUCACUGAUCCAGGAGGCAGUGUGA